AUGCAGGCUGAAGAAACCCCCCCCACAUACUCGGAAUAUCCAACUGAGCUGCCCGAGCAGUUGCCAAUUGGUCAGCACAAUGUUCGACCUCUAGUCAAUGUAACGGAACUCCAGGCGCACUUAAAGCUCCUCGGCGCAUUCUCCGAACUCAAACGCGACGUACAGGAUCAGCAGGACGGUAUCGUUACUGAUGACAGAGACCAGGUAUGGGUAGUAUUUGUUAAUAGGGCGGUUCAUCGAUUCUUUGCAUGGACGUCUGCCCAAUGGGAGCUACCAUCACCUGGCCUAUACCCCGACAUGAUGCCACCAUUGGACGUGAUGAUGGUUUGGCAUACCUACCUCUUGGUAUGGCAUCUAAACCUACUUCAAUCGAGACUACAUCGCUUACUGGAGCCCAUUUGUCUAGAAUCCUCGAUCAUACUACGAAGAUCAAAGUCGGUUAUCAAAUGCAUACGCGCAAAAUCUACAAAGACUGCAGUGAGCUAUCAAUUCCGAGAAGCGUUGCGUGUACUCAGAUGCCAAUUCUACAGGAGUAUGCCAGUCACCUUGUUAGCGACAUUGAUCGACUCGGAGACACUCAAGCCAAUCCCACCCUCGGAAUCGCAGGAGAGCCUUUUUAUAACGACCUCCGGAAUGCCCUAUGAGAUGCCGCUGGUAACUACCUCUCAGGAGACGCUUAGUCUAACGUGUCCGCGUUGCUUGGAAAACAAUUCUUCGGUACAUUGGGUCACUUCUUCGGGACAAGGAUUUGCCCAGCCCAACUUUUCCUACAAAUGUGAACAUUGUCAAGUCGACUUCUCCAAGGCAAACAUAGGAAUUCGACGGUUCUCGGAAGAGAUAUCGCGAAAGAGGGCCGGAGAAAAUGUCUAUAUCUCGUAUGUAAUGAUAGUUUGCCCAGAGAAGAGCAUAGCUAAGAGGAUUCCAGGGAGAGCCUCCUACAUUACUACACAGGCAUUGUCGAUACGAAGGCAGCAAGCGAAUUCAUGA